AUGGGGUCAAGCCCACAGUCGAUUUCGAAUCACAGACCGUCACAGAGUCUCACGGUACGCGUUGACCGAGCCAAGAUCAAGACACAUGGGAAGCCAGCCCUUGGCAAGAUGCUCUUGCGAUUGCACAUGUAUCGGUCUACGGCGGACGUGGACGGCUGCCGCGCUUAUUACGAGGCGCUGUCCAAGGUCCACGAAACGCAUGUCGAGUGGCGACAGACUGUGAAGGGGCUGCUUCAGAGCUGGGCUGAGCGUGCAGUGUGA